CACACACACACAACUCACCCUGCCUGCCCCUCACGCCACUCUCGCCGUCUCUCUCUCCCCCCCCCUACCCUAUAUAUAUAUAUACGGAUCACUAGCUAUAGGUUCUUCCUAGUACAACCAAAUUAACCAGUAUAUGCAGGGUUACUAUCUCGGUCGAUCUCUUUCCCAUCAGAUAGCAAACUAAGAAGAAGAUUAAAAGAUGGGUUUCCCAGUAGGCUACACGGAGCUGCUGCUUCCGAAGCUGCUCCUUCACACGCUCUCCGUUCUGGGCUUCAUCAGGAGGCUCAUUUCCACACUCUUCCGCUCCCUGGGUCUCGCGGAUUUUCUCGAGCCCGAGAUUGCGUGGCCGCCCCGACCCGAAUGCUCCUCGGAGCCCCACUCCGUAUCCGCCGUCCUGAUCCGGGAGCUCCUCCCCGUGGUGAAGUUCUCCGAGCUGGAGGACCCGCCGGAGAACUGCGCCGUUUGCCUGUACGAGUUCGACAGUGGCGACGAGGUUCGGCGGCUGCCCAACUGCCGCCACAUCUUCCACCGGAGCUGCGUCGAUCGCUGGAUGGACCACGACCAGCGCACCUGCCCACUCUGCCGGACCCACUUCAUAGCCGACGAUUUGCAGGACGCUUUCAACGAGCGACUCUGGGCCGCGGCCGGGAUCUUGGACUUCUAUGGAGCCGAGUACUCGCCGUCGCCGAUGAAUCCCACCGGUUUGUAAUGUAAUUCCAAUUUUUGGCCUUUUUUUUUUUUUUUUGUUUCUUCUUUUCCAUUUUUGCCCUUCUCGCUCGCUGGCUGCUUUCCUUUUUCCUUGAACGGGUAAGAUAAGAAUGGUUGAGUUGGUCUGUACAUACUGCAAAAAGAAAAAAACAGAGAGAUUCAAAGAGAGAGGGAGAAUGAAUGGGCAUAUAUAAAGCAGCCAGCCAUAUAUAAAGCCAUAAUGCAAAGCAAAAAAAAAAAAAAAAAAAAGGGAAACAUGUUGUACAUAUGGUCUGUAUCAAUAAUCCUAAUGAAGAUGAAGUUGUUCACAACAUUUGAGCCUCA